AUGAGCUCAACAACAACGGCUGCAACAUUAGCUUUUCUCGCCUCGAUAUUUUUACUGCUAGUUUAUAUAUUUGAACUGGAUUUCACUACGAUAUCCAGCAAUGUUCUCUCUGUGGCAAAUAUACAACGAUGCGAUUGCGAACCAAUCACUCCAGAGAACCUUACUUGUCCAAACACCGUAACAUACAAAAAUAAACCGAAAGAAGAAAUGGACCUGAAUAAAACAACAUUCAGCAUACCUCGACAGGAAUGGUAUAAUGAAUUGUUGGCUGCGGGAGUCGGUAAAAAAGGUGGUCCGAAGAUGAACAUAUCGCUUGUUGCCGCAUACGAGUAUCCUGAACAGCUAAACAUCAUGAUUACAUCACGGGACAAAUUUGGAGAUGUUGUCUAUUGCCGCUAUUUUGACAAAUCCAGAAAAGAGCUUGGCGAAGCAUUCAAAAGUGUUGUAUUUCCCGAAUACAACGUGCAUUGUUUACGACGAAAUGGUGCUGCAUUUAUGUCCUUAACAGACACUCCCACCGCACAGUACGAGUUCCCCGUGCCUAUCAUUGAUCGGACGCGAAAUGAGCCGGAACACUUUUUCUCAGUUUGCGUUGCUCCAAUCUAUGGCAACGAGUCGAAGUGGAUUCUAUUAGCAGAACUUAUCGAGCACUACAAAUUGCAGGGUGCAACGCAUUUUUAUGUGUAUUCUAAGUACAUUGAUGAGUACAGUCGAAUCCUUCUCGAUGACUAUGUUCGAACUGGAGAUGCCGAAGCGAUCAUCCUUCAUGAUCGCUUUGAAAGAGCAGAUGACCGAUGGCAAUCGGUUGAACUACAGGAAUGCCUUCUUCGAGCUCGUCGACACUCACGCUGGAUUGCGUUUGUAGAUCUGGAUGAGCGACUAGUGCUAACUGAUUUAAACGGAACAAUCUACGAUUAUCUGAAAAAUAUCUCCGAUCCGAAAAUUGGUGCAAUUCAGUUCAGACAGAGGUGGAUUCUAAAAAACCAACCAUCUCCAGAACGCUAUAGUGAUCAAGAACAGGUUAGCAAAUGGAUGCCAACACGACGAUAUCAUAACACUUCACAUGUGGGUCCGCCUGGUCACACUGCAAAGUGCAUAGUCGAUCCAGAGAAGGUGCUUGUGAUGAACGUUCACCAUGUAACUAAAUUCUUUGACGAUCACUGGACGUAUCAACUGAAACCUAAUGAAGGUGUAGUAAGACAUUACCGUGACAUCGCUGCUGGCAAUUGGGGAAAAAUAUGGCUGAACAGCGUUGAAAAAAUGGGAGAUUUCUCAAUGACGGAUUAUCCGAAGCAGUUUGAAUCAGAUUUGCUGGAAAAUGUCAAGAAACGGUUGCAAUAUGUUUACGGGAAAUCAUAA